UUCAGCACAGGCCCGCCCUCACUGGAACCGGUAGUUCCGGGAGAAAUAAACCCUAAGUUAAAACCCUCUCCAGUUUCGAAUUUCCUCGAUCGAUACAGUCAAUCGAUCGAUCGAGCGCAGGUUCCCUGACCUCCGAAAAUCUGAAUGUGGCACUGAGGUGCAGGAGUGGAAUGGCUCGAUGGGAUUGGGGUGGAAACUAUCAGGUCUUUCGUAUGGCAGCUGGAAGACCUAGCGGAUGGUAGAUUGGUUGAGUGGUACGCUGGAUGUGCUUUUACUACCUCCUCUUGUUCUGCUGCCGUAGUUCUGAAGGUCGGCUGGGAGGUGAAAUAGAAAGGGUUUUAGGUAGGAGCAUGUCCCAGAGACACGAGGAAAAGUGUAUGCACAUGGUGCACAAGACGUAGAGUAUUUGUUACUACGGGGAUUCUGGUGGAGUUGAGGUUCAGGUGCGCACAUCGUUCUUCCUCUAGGAGCUGAUCGGAAGAACAGUCGUAGGGGCGACGAUGGCCAUGAAAGAGGCAGACCCCGCAUUGGGGUUCUUGACGAAGAAGGAGACAGAGGUGAAAUUACCUCGUCCCACUCGUGUAAAGAAUAAGACCCCAGCACCAGUGCAAAUUACCGCGGAACAAAUUUUGAGAGAAGCUCGGGAGCGCCAGGAGGCGGAGAUACGACCUCCUAAGCAGAAGAUAACUGACGCGGAGGAGCUAGGUGAGUACAGGCUCCGCAGGCGCAAGGAAUUUGAAGAUCUUAUUCGUAGAGUAAGAUGGAAUACAUCUGUUUGGGUGAAGUAUGCUCAGUGGGAAGAAAGCCAGCGAGACUUUGCUCGUGCGAGGUCCAUCUGGGAGAGGGCCCUGGAAGUGGACUAUCGAAACACCACAUUAUGGCUAAAAUAUGCAGAAAUGGAAAUGAAGCAUCGGUUUGUGAAUCAUGCAAGGAAUGUGUGGGACAGAGCUGUUUCGCUUCUUCCUCGUAUCGACCAGUUGUGGUACAAGUACAUCCACAUGGAAGAAAUGCUGGGUAAUGUGGCUGGUGCCAGACAGAUUUUUGAGAGAUGGAUGGCAUGGGAGCCAGACCAUCACGGAUGGUCAGCUUUUAUGAAGUUCGAGCUCAGGUACAAUGAAAUCGAAAGAGUUAGAGCUAUCUUUGAGAGGUAUGUGCAGUGCCAUCCCACCGUAAAGGCGUGGGUGCGCUAUGCCAAAUUUGAGGUGAAGAAUGGGGAGGUUGCAAGGGCUCGGAGGUGUUAUGAAAGGGCCAUAGAAGAGCUGGGUGAGGAUGGGCAAACCGAGGAACUCUUUGUGGCAUUUGCGGAAUUUGAGGAGCGGUUCAAGGAAUUAGAAAGAGCCAGGUGCAUAUACAAGUAUGCCUUAGAUCACAUUCCUAAAGGGCAAGCCGAGGAUCUCUACCGGAAGUUUGUUGGAUUUGAGAAGCAGUACGGUGACAGGGAGGGCAUUGAAGACGUGAUUGUUGGAAAGCGAAGGUUUCAGUACGAAGAAGAUGUGAAGAAGAAUCCCUUAAACUACGAUUCUUGGUUUGAUUAUGCACGGCUAGAAGAGAGUGUUGGCGACCACGAGAGAACCAGGGAAGUCUACGAAAGAGCCAUUGCAAAUGUGCCUCCUGCCGAAGAAAAGCGUUAUUGGCAAAGAUACAUUUACCUCUGGAUAAACUACGCUCUGUAUGAGGAAUUGGAGGCGGAAGAUACGGAUAGAACUCGGGAGGUGUACAGGGAGUGUUUGAAGCUCAUACCACAUAAGAAGUUUUCCUUCGCGAAGAUCUGGUUAAUGGCGGCCCAAUUUGAAAUUAGGCAAAAGAACCUCCCCGGAGCUCGCCAAUUGCUAGGGACUGCAAUUGGAAUGGCUCCAAAAGAUAAGAUUUUCAAGACGUACAUAGAAAUAGAGUUGCAGCUUGGUAACAUCGACAGAUGUCGGAACCUGUACGAGAAAUAUUUAGAAUGGGCUCCUGCAAACUGCUACGCUUGGAGCAAAUAUGCGGAGCUGGAGAGGUCAUUAGGAGAGACAGAUCGAGGAAGGGCGAUAUUCGAACUGGCCAUUGCGCAGCCAGUAUUAGACAUGCCCGAGCUGCUUUGGAAGGCAUACAUUGAUUUCGAGAUAUCCGAAGUGGAGCACGAGCGAACCAGACAGCUUUACGAGAGGCUGCUAGAUCGUACUAAGCACUUGAAAGUCUGGGUCAGUUAUGCUAAAUUUGAGGCUGGUCUCCCAUUAGAAGAAGAGUCAAUCUCUGAGGAGGAAGGCCGAGAACCUGAUGCACAGAUACUCGAAACGCAAAAGCAGCAACGGGUUUUGAGAUCGCGAGGGGUGUUUGAGAGGGCCUUUGAGAGCUUCCGAAGUUCUGCUCCGGAGCAGAAGGAGGAGAGGUCUAUGCUUUUGGAAGAGUGGCGAGAAAUAGAGCGCAGCUUUGGGGACUUGGGAGACGUAGCAUCAGUCCAAAAGAAGAUGCCACGUCGGGUGAAACGCAAACGUCCUAUCAUUUCAGAUGAUGGGACAGCAGCUGGAUUUGAGGAGUACACGGAUUACAUCUUUCCAGAAGAAACUGGCAUGGCUCCCAAUCUCAAAAUCUUGGAGGCUGCACGCUUGUGGAAGAAACAGAAAAUUGCAGAAGAAGACGAAGAUGAUGAAUAACAGUUUGAAAUUUCAAUGUGCUGUACAUAUAUUGUUCCAUUGUAAAAUUACCAUGAAAUUUUGGUCGGUGAAUACGGUCUAUAAGUUUGUGAUUGAGUUCAGAUAAUUUUCACUGGAUGUCUUAUUAUAUCCAUGCCUUUGUUGUUUAUACACGUUUGUUGUCAUGGCCCUUAUAGAGUGAUACACGUUUGUUAUCUUGUUCCAUUUUCGCUCCUCCUGCGACAGGAAGACCUAAGUUGAUUUCGCGACUUGCC